GGCUCAUCCUCGUCUCGCGCACGAGCCACUACAGCGUGCUGUCCAAACCGAGGAAGUCGAUGAUGCAGUAAAGGAAGCAGUGUGGGAGGAUUUCUGUAGAUGAAAAGCUGCUCUAGGGGAGGUAGAGAGGCGAAUGUGUAGAGGCUCUCGCAGGAUUCCACUUCACGGAAUCCCAACGUGUUUAUUUAGUACCGGGCACAGAGGAGCACCGUUGCGCAGUCUUUACGCACAACCAUAGCACAUAAAAGAGGGAUUUACUGUCCAUCAACGGCAUGUCAGCGGCAACUGCCUCAAUAACAGAUGUGUCAAGGACUAAUUUUAACAAAGAUGACGGGCGUGACCGGAGUAGCUCAGGUAGGACCGUGCUAAAAAGGUCAGUGCACACCUAUGCCCUUACCAGCUCUGGGCACCCAAAAGAUCAUCCAGGGAAAUGGUACUAAUGUUGGCACGGUCAUUUCCCUGCAGUGCCCAGCCAAACACAAAUUGAUAGGAGGGGAGCUGAUAUGUGUACUGGGCCCAAACAGCACCCAGUGGGUGGGCGAGACCUACUGUAAACCUCUGUCUCCUUUUGAGGUCCACGGUUUCCGUGUGGCUGUCCUUGCAUCCAUUGUGAGCUCAGUCAUUAUCCUCCUCAUGUCAAUGGCCUUCAUCACCAGCUGUUUGCUCGACUGCACUGAAGAGGAGAAAAAGAAAGAGCAGGAAAAUAAUCCAGAAAUGUGGCAGUGGGAGGAGCCGCAGGAGGACAGCAGGUCACGACACAGCCAUAAAGGCAGGAACAACAACAACAACAAUACUCAGGAGAAGCUGUUUUCACUGUGGGACAACAGUAUCCCAGCCCUCUGUGAUGACACACAGGCCAGCAGAUAUCAUCAACAGUACACUUUUAGACCUGCCUGCACAUGUGGCCCUUCUCCACUGCAGUCUGCACUCCCUGGCUGUGAUUAUGACCAGCCUCUAUUACCCAGAAACCAAGAGUGUGCAUCCAAUCAGCCACCUCAAUACGUCAGACCUCCUCAGUCAUCCUAUCAGAGUGUGAGUUCAUGCUCUGACCAUGCUCCUGCAAUAGGGACUGGGUUGGUGUGGCAGUAUGGAGGACAUCAAGCCAGUUUGUCGGACAGAAACUCACCAAAUCCAGACGAGUCCAACUUAAGGGAUGCAAAGAAAGAAUUUUCUAUUCGGAUUAUACCAGUGUGAGGAAACAUCCAAGUGCAGUGUUUGCAUCAAUAUAAUGCUUGUUUACAGUCCAUGAGCGUUAGCUGUACUGACAACGACAGAAGGAACUGAACACUCUCAGUCUUCUUGAAAUGACCUGCAGCUCUGCUCAUGAACACACUGAGGGAAAACUGAUCUGACUCAUGUGCCUUCUUUGAAAUGAAAUGGCACACUGCACUCUGUGGGAGAAGGGACGCCAUUGCACCUUCAGGAUUGCAGCCUUGUUUGAUGACGAUGGAGAGUCAGGGUCCCUGUGUGCCCUCAAUAAGAUACCAAUGGCAUUGGUAUCUUGAGAUUAAAUUGUAACAAUGUGAUAAAUUGAACAAUUGUGGCAAUUUAAUUACAAAGUUUUCGGGCAGCUAAAGAACUUGUUAGAAAAAACUCAAAUCUGAACAGGAAAGUCUUGGUUGUUAGAUGAGAAGAUCAGCUGUAAAAUUCUGGCCAGUAUGUAAAUAUUCAAAAUAAAGCUUACAAAGAAUUACAAUAUUAAAAGUGAUAAUUGUUUGCAAUAAAACAAUGUCUGCAAUGCAUUUCUGUAGAUAGAUAGAUAGAUAGAUAGAUAGAUAGAUAGAUAGAUAGAUAGAUAGAUAGAUAGCAUAAAACAGAAAAUGUUCUACAGCACCCUAGAUAUUACACUGUAAACGUGUGCAAGCUAUCAUAAUGAUACGAUAAUUUAUAGGAUUAUGAUCGUUCCAAUUAUGUUUGUUAAACAAAAC